GCUGCCACCGUGUCUCGCUCGCGGGUACCGGUCCGUCGAUCUGUCGACGAACGACAAGGAUCAUCCUCGAAGACGCUUCCGCGCGAUGAUCGCUGAUGCGUUCGAUGAUUCCGAGGGCAGGACAGGUUGGAUUUUAUCGGUCAACGACAUCGAAGACCAGGUUUCACGGCGAGACGGGACGAUAACGCGAGUUUCGGCGUUAGAUCGGGAGUGAAAAUUCGUGGCUCGUCGGGCAAGGGGCGUCGUUAGAGGCGAAUCGCGUGCCAACUUUCAAUCUCUGCGUCGAAUGCCCGCUACGCACGCCAAGAUCGCGUUUAAAGCGGCCACCGCAUCCUAUAAAUCCAGAUUUCCGCGAUUCCAGUGAACCAGUCCGCGGCCGGCCGCGUAUAUAUGUCGCGCGGCUCCUCUGGCAGAUCAUUAGACCAGCGUGGAGGAGCGUUAAGAGCGAUGAAAGUGUAGCGGAGCGUGUUAUGCAAAACAGCGCGUCGGGGGAACCAGAAAAGCCUGAUCCCGCUGAUCGAUCCGCUCCGCCGUCGUUGCCGCCGCCGCCGCCGCCGCCGCCGCGAAUUCGAGGCGAGCGUCCGGGAAUGCGUCACUCCGACGCGGAUCGAUUCCAUUUCCACGACCGUUUCUACGUCCUACGAGUUUCGAAACCUGAACCGGCCCACGCUUCCACGGCACGGCUGGGACGAUCGAUCGGAGAUGGUGAACGAGGAAGAAUGACAGCAGUCGCUCAGCUCGAUCCCCGUCAUCGUGCCGUAUAGCCUCGUCGAGGGCGAGGACUAGUCUUUCGUUCCGUACGAACUUUGAUCUCUCCACGGCGGAUUCCACGGCCUGGAAUCCCUGAGAAUUGAAUUGCAAAUCGCCGGUGGGACAUGGAUCGGUUCGAGAACGUUUCGAGCCUGCCGCGGUGAUCGAAAGUCGAGCGCCAGCUCCGCUCGGCCGCAGCACCCGAGCAAAUAUGUCGGUCGCGGGCACCAGGAGGCUAUGCAGAGCGGGCCUAGUCGCCGUGCUGGUCACCGCGUUGUGCGUGUUGACUCUGCUCGAUUCGCCGCCGCAACUCCCGGAUCCACCGGCGGAUCCUCCUCCCACGCCUGGUGGCGAACCCCCGGGCACAAGAAGCAUCGUGGCUUACUCGUGGGCGCGGAGAUUGGCACUCGAUUACAGACCCUCCAAGGAGUGCGACGGUAAUGGAACGUACGGAACGACGUUAAAUACGUUCAAGUUAGCCGACGCGAAGUGGCUCGAGACAAUCCCCGGACAGCUCUUCCUGUACAGCGCCCACUUGGACCUGAGAGUGGCCGGUUACCCAAGCCUCAGGGUGAUUGGCGUUAAACGUGGACCUCUGCCGACCUCUGGCCUUUUCUGCACCGUUUGGUACGAGGAGGAAGAUCGAGGCAGAGCCGUCAGCGUGGAGGCGCUAGUGUCCACGAUUUGGUUGGACGAGUGGGGUGAAACGGUGGACAGCUACGCGGGGAUCCUCGUCGGCUGUCAAUUACCACCUGACGCGGCUAUCGAGCCGUCCAAGGUGUACGUAGGCCUGGAGCCCUGCCACCAGAAUGCUAGUCAUAGUUUAGCGAUAAACGGGGAGGACAGGAACGAGACGGAGGAACGUCGCAGGCAGUUCACCCUGUGCAUCAAGGGUCUGGACUUCGACGAGGACAUCUCGUCCAAGAUCGUCGCGUUCGUCGAGCUGCACCGCAUACUGGGCGCCGAGCUCUUCUACUUCUACGUGUUCAACGUGCACGAGAACGUUCUAAGGGUGCUCAGGCUGUACGAACGAUCCAACGUGAUCAGAUGGUUCAACCUCACGCUACCGGGCGACCUGCCGAACGAGAGGAUCGCGAGGAGGCGGUUCCUCAGCGAGGACAUCUGGAUCAAGAGACGUAUGGAGCUGAUACCCUACAAUCACUGCUUCUACGAUAAUCUUCACCGAUCGGAAUUCGUGCUGCCGAUCGACAUCGACGAGGCGAUCGUCCCGGCCAGGAGGAGGAACUGGUAUGAAUUGCUGCUGGACGAGAGGAUCAAGCUUGGCAGGAGCUUCAAGGACUUUGCCUCGUACGCCGUCAGAAACGCGUAUUUCUUUCGAGAGUUGCAAAUUAGGAAUCAAACCGAUCGUGCCACGCUCGAUUACAACGCGACGAAUUUCCUGGCCGACCUGGACUACCUGGACACGAUCAGGACGGCUUGCAUCUCGCCGGAAGGUGACUCGGUGAAGAGCUUCGUCUCCACGAGGCGCGCGUUGACGGUGCACAAUCAUUACGCACUGACCACGUUGAAUCCUUCGACCAGACGGGCCCACCACUUUGACCCGGAAGACGUUUUGAAGCAUCAUCACAGGGUCUGCGACGAGAGACACCUGGACUGUGAACUUUUGAUGGAGGACGUUACGGUCGACGAGUCCGCGCUCAGGUACGCGGACGAGCUGAAAAGGAGGAUGAGGCUGUUCUUCAGCGACCUCAACGCAUUCGAGUAG